CCCUCAGGAUCCGGACGCCGCCUAGCGGCUCAGGCCCGGAAUGUCCUAUAGAGCAGCAGUAAGGGCUUGGGGGCCUGCCUGUGCCAGGGAGGCGGAGACUCAGAGCAAGGUGGCUGGUGGAUGUAGACAGAGCGCGCCCCUCGCAAGCUGCCCUGGACCAUGGCAGAAGGGCUGGAGCCAGACCUCGGGGUGGCUGUGAGCACAGCGGAGCAGGCCAUGGAGAUGCCGAGCUGGAAGGCUCCGGAGGACACAGACCCGCAGCCAGGAAGUUAUGAGAUCCGACACUACGGACCAGCCAAGUGGGUCAGCACCUGCGUGGAGACUAUGGACUGGGAUUCAGCCAUCCAGACUGGCUUCACAAAACUGAAUGGCUACUUUCAAGGCAAAAAUGAGAAGGAGAUGAAAAUAAAGCUGACCGCUCCGGUGACAAGCUACGUGGAGCCUGGCUCAGGUCCUUUCAGUGAGUCUACCAUUACGGUUUCCCUCUAUAUCCCGCCUGAGCAGCAAUCCGAGCCACCCAGGCCUUCAGAGUCAGAUGUCUUCAUUGAAGACAGAACUGAAAUGACUGUGUUUGUGCGGUCUUUUGAUGGAUUCUCAAGUGGCCAAAAGAAUCAAGAACAACUUUUGACAUUAGCAAACAUAUUGAGGGAAGAAGGAAAAGUUUUCAAUGAAAAGGUCUUUUAUACUGCAGGCUACAGCAGCCCUUUCCAAUUACUUGAUAGAAAUAAUGAAGUGUGGCUGAUUCAGAAAAGUGAGCCCGCCAAAGAAAAUGAAUAAGGAAAUGAAGAUCACUAUCAGGGGCAAAACUUCUGUGGAAUGCAGACAUCAACAGCAGCCAUAGGUGAAGUAUAUAGUGUCUUUUGCUUGAGACACCGCCGUGAAUCAUGCUUAUUUCCAGUGUGCCUUUGCAAGAAGCUUCAUUUAGGUACAGGGUAUCAAGAGAAAUCUGUGACCUCUCCUUCUGUGAGGGUCCAGGAUGAUGGCAUGCCAUUUCGCUCUCAUUUACAAUAUCACCCUCAUGUUGCGGCCUUUUGCUUGGAUUUAGGACAUUUGAAUGUUCUUCCUUCCAUAUAAUAGUAAUGAAAAUGUUAAAGAUUUAGCCUGUGUAGAAGUAAAAUUAUGUUGCAUACAAAAA